CAGAAACCCUAAAACUUCCCCGGUACCUCCCAAAACCCCUUCUCGCUUCCAGGCGGCGGCGCGGGCCAGCAAGCGAGCGACCGGCGGCCAUGGGCAAGGCGGCGAAGGGCUCGCGGAAGGGGAAGAAGGCGUGGCGCGCCAACAUCCGCACCGAUGACAUCGACGAGUUCUUCGAGAAGCAGACGCGCGACGCCCACGCCGGCGCCGCCGCCAUCCCCUCGCUCCCUUCCGACUCCCUCUUCUUCGUCGACAAGCCCGCCUCCGCGUCCACUUCCUCCGCGGCCGUCGUCUCCGAACCGACCUCCAAAGAUAUUCCUGUCAAGAGGAAGAUUGAGAAAAACAGGGAGAAGGUUCUUUAUCACGAGAGUAUUUUGAAGCGGAACCCAUAUGUACAGACAAUCCCAUCUUCUUUGGUUUCAAAGAAGGAUAGGAAGAAGUUGAAGAAGAAGGCAAAGAAGGAGGAAUUGCAGGAGUCACGGGAGGAUAAAGUUGUUCCCAUGGAAGAUGAUUCAGCUGAAAAGAUCCUUGACAUCUGGGGUGGAGAUGCAGGGUUUGCUAAGUCUAAAAAGGGGAUGCAAAGGCUGAAAAAAAAUAGAUCUACUACAUCUGUGUUUCCUGCUGUUGAAGUCGAGCCUCCAGGAUGUUCCUUUAAUCCUGAUAAAGAAGACCAUCAAGAUUCUCUUGCUCAAGCCGUUGCAAAUGAGAUGACUAAAAUCUACACGAAAGAGCUGGGCCCCAAACCAGUGCCACUUACAGUUAUUGGUGAAGCAGUUACUGAAGAAGAUAAAUUUUUUCUUGAUGCUGCUGAUGAUGGAGAUGCUGCAGAAGGCAAUGGAGACCAGGAUGCUGAUGAUGUGGCUGGGCAGAGGAAGACCAAGACAAAAAGAGUUACAAGAGUAGAACUGAACAAGAGGGCUCGUCGUAAAGAGAGGUUAAGAACAGAAGCAGAUGCAAAGAAACUAGAAAUUCUUUCAAAGGAAAUAGACAGGUUGCCAAAUAUAAUGGCCGAGAUAGCUAAAGAGGAUGAGGAAAAGGAGAAAGUGCGCAUAAGGCGAAAUAUGGCGAAGGAGGAAAGACUAAAGUCAGCCCCACGUCGUCUGGGAAGACACAAGUUUGAACCAGCUCCCGUCCAAGUUAUGUUGACAGAGGAGAUCAGUGGUUCUCUUAGAAAGCUGAAGGGGUGCUCUAAUUUAGCUAGGGAUCGCUUUAAGAGCAUUGAAAAACGUGGAAUACUUGCACCAAGCAAGAAAAUAAGCAAGCGCCGUCGUCGCUAGAUGCAUUAUGUCGAAGAACAUGGCAAUCGGAGCGGCAGCCUUGAACAAUAUCGAGGAAGAGUUUUUAAGACAAAAGAUGGUUGUUGAAGAAUCGAAGGGUCAGCGCCAACAAGCCUAUGGAAAACCAAUAUUCUUCCAAGUUUUGGUCGAAUUCAGUCCCAUUGUAUUUUUGAAUUUUUGUUUUCUACAUCUAGUCCCGUUAGAAAUGCCCGUCCAAAAUACUCUUGAAGCGAGUUUUGGAAUAUCAAACUAUGUACUAUUUCUUUCUCCAUUGUAACAGAUCACUGUGUUCCGACUUCUGAGAGCAAGUAUAAUAUUAUCACCUUAGUUAAAAC